UCCUGGUGUCCCUGCACGGUGUUGUUUUACCCUUACAGAAAACCAACUCAGCAGAAAGGCACUCGAAAGCGUGAAGGACAGGAGGAGAGGGAGAAGCAGCCACAGCGGGCAAACUUGGGUCCUAGUCCUGCUUCGUGUCCUGGGAUAGAGGAAGCAAGAGUGUACGUGUGGGAAAAGGAGGGUGGGGGGGUGAGGGAAAAAAAGGAAAAAAGCAUAUUUUAAAAGCAAAAUUACUCAAAAGAGGUGAGCAGCUGACAUGGAGCCCAACGCUGUGGCUGCUCUCCCUGACAGCGACACACUACAAAGGAAGAAACAGAAGGAGAAACUGAAGAAACAGGCCAGUGCUGCCAACCCUCGACCGGCCAGGGCCUUGUGCUGUCUGACCCUCCGCAACCCCUUCAGAAAAGCUUGCAUCAGUAUUGUGGAAUGGAAACCAUUUGAAGUUAUCAUUCUUCUUACCAUCUUUGCAAAUUGUGUUGCAUUGGCUGUUUUCCUUCCAAUGCCUGAAGAUGAUACCAAUUUGGCCAACUCAAGUCUGGAAAAAGUGGAAUAUAUCUUUCUAAUUGUCUUCACCAUAGAGGCCUUUUUAAAGAUUAUAGCAUAUGGAUUUCUCUUUCACCCAGAUGCCUAUUUGCGGAAUGGUUGGAACAUAUUGGAUUUCAUCAUCGUUUUUGUUGGCCUCUUCACUGUAGCCUUGGAAGCCAUCAAUCGUAUCGAAGGAAUUGAAACUCCAGUUGGUGGCAAAGGGGCUGGAUUUGAUGUGAAGGCCCUUCGAGCUUUCCGGGUCCUUCGACCUCUGCGCCUUGUCUCUGGAGUGCCUAGUUUACAGGUUGUGCUGAAUUCUAUCAUCAAAGCUAUGGUGCCUCUCCUGCAUAUUGCUCUGCUUGUACUUUUCAUGAUUAUCAUCUAUGCCAUCAUUGGUUUAGAGCUCUUCAAGUGUAAAAUGCACAAGACAUGCUACUACACUGGUACAGAAAUUGUCGCCAUUGUAGAGGGUGAGAAGUCAGCUCCAUGUGCAGUGGGAGGGCAUGGCCGUGAAUGCCUGAUCAAUGGGACUGAAUGUAAAGGAGGAUGGCCGGGACCCAACAAUGGCAUCACACACUUUGACAACUUUGGCUUUGCUAUGUUGACAGUAUAUCAGUGCAUCACAAUGGAAGGCUGGACUGAUGUGCUUUAUUGGGUUAAUGAUGCAAUUGGAAAUGAAUGGCCAUGGAUUUAUUUUGUGAGUCUUAUUCUCCUUGGAUCCUUUUUUGUGCUCAACUUGGUGCUUGGUGUUUUGAGUGGUGAAUUCACCAAAGAACGUGAGAAAGCCAAAUCCCGAGGAACUUUCCAGAAGCUGCGAGAACGACAACAGCUGGAAGAGGAUCUUCGGGGUUACAUGGACUGGAUCACUCAUGCAGAGGUCAUGGAUCCUGAUCAAGUGCACAGAGAAGGCUUACUAGCCUUGGAUGAUGCUGGAUCAGAGACUGAGAGCCUUUAUGAGAUUGAAGGGAUGAACAGGUGCAUCUUUUUGCUACGACAGAGUCGACACUGGCAUAGGUGGUUUCGCAGAAAGUGUCGUGUCUGGGUGAAGUCCAGUUUUUUCUAUUGGCUUGUGAUCUUGCUGGUGUUCCUCAACACACUGGCCAUUGCAACAGAGCACCAUAACCAAUCAGAUUGGCUUACUAAUGUUCAAGACACUGCUAACAAAGUUCUUCUGUCAUUGUUCACUGCUGAGAUGAUACUCAAGAUGUAUGCACUGGGGUUCCAGUCUUACUUCAUGUCCCUGUUUAAUCGAUUUGAUUGUUUUGUGGUCUGCAUUGGUAUAGUGGAGCUGAUCCUGGUUGAAAUCAAUGUAAUGUCACCUCUAGGCAUUUCCGUUUUGAGGUGUAUCCGGUUACUUCGCAUCUUUAAAAUCACCAGAUACUGGACUUCUCUAAGCAACCUGGUGGCUUCAUUACUCAAUUCAGUACGUUCCAUUGCCUCACUACUGCUCCUCCUUUUUCUUUUCAUCAUCAUCUUCUCACUCCUUGGUAUGCAAGUGUUUGGGGGCAAGUACAACUUUGAAGACACUGAGGUUCGUCGCAGCACCUUUGACACUUUCCCUCAGGCCCUCAUCAGUGUCUUCCAGAUUCUCACAGGGGAAGACUGGAAUUCAGUAAUGUACAAUGGGAUUAUGGCCUAUGGGGGGCCUACUUUCCCAGGAGUACUUGUCUGCAUCUAUUUCAUCAUCCUCUUUGUCUGUGGGAACUAUAUCCUGCUGAAUGUCUUCUUAGCCAUUGCUGUGGACAACCUGGCAGAGGCAGAAAGUCUAACCUCAGCACAGAAAGAGAAGGCUGCAGAGAAAAAACGGAGGAAAAUGGCAAGAGCCAACAAACCUGAAAAGUCAGAAGAAGAGAAGCUGCUUUUGGCAAAGAAAUUAGAGCAAAAAGCAAGAGGAGAAGGAAUUCCAACCACUGCAAAGCUCAAAGUGGAUGAGUUUGAAUCCAAUGUCAAUGAAAUAAAAGAUCCCUACCCUUCUGCAGAUUUUCCAGGUGAUGAUGAGGAAGAAGAGCCUGACAUUCCCCUGAGCCCUAGGCCCCGUCCCCUUGCAGAACUACAGCUUAAGGAGAAGGCUGUUCCAAUGCCAGAAGCCAGUUCUUUUUUCAUUUUUGGGCCACAGAACAAGAUUCGGAAGCUGUGUCACCGGAUUGUCAAUGCCACCACCUUUACCAACUUUAUCCUCCUCUUUAUUCUGCUGAGCAGUAUUUCUUUAGCUGCUGAAGACCCCAUCGAUCCUGAGUCCUUCAGAAAUCAGAUUCUUGCUUACUUUGACAUUGUCUUCACUGUGAUUUUCACAACUGAAAUUGUUCUAAAGAUGACCACAUAUGGUGCAUUUCUGCACAAAGGUUCUUUUUGCCGGAACUACUUUAACAUCCUGGACUUGCUAGUUGUUGCUGUGUCUCUUAUCUCCUUUGGUAUCCAGUCAAGUGCCAUCUCUGUAGUAAAGAUUCUGAGGGUAUUGAGAGUCUUAAGGCCCUUAAGAGCCAUUAACCGGGCAAAAGGAUUAAAGCACGUGGUGCAGUGUGUGUUUGUUGCAAUCAAAACAAUUGGGAAUAUUGUCAUUGUAACCACACUUCUGCAGUUCAUGUUCGCCUGCAUUGGAGUCCAGCUGUUCAAGGGCAAGUUUCACAUGUGCACAGAUCUCUCUAAAAUGACAGCAGAAGAGUGCAGAGGCCAAUACAUUGUAUACAAGGAGAAUGACUUGCAUCAGUUGGAGGUCCGGCAGCGCAUGUGGUACAACAGCGAUUUUCACUUUGACAAUGUGCUAUCAGGCAUGAUGGCCCUCUUCACUGUUUCCACAUUUGAGGGUUGGCCACAGCUUCUUUAUAAAGCAAUUGACUCCCACACAGAAGACAUGGGGCCCAUUUACAACUACCGAGUGGAAAUGUCCAUUUUUUUCAUUGUUUACAUAAUUCUCAUUGCCUUCUUUAUGAUGAACAUCUUUGUGGGCUUUGUUAUCGUCACCUUUCAGGAACAAGGAGAGCAGGAGUACAAAAAUUGUGAGCUGGACAAAAAUCAGCGGCAAUGUGUACAGUAUGCAUUGAAGGCCCGUCCACUGCGUCGCUAUAUUCCAAAGAAUCCCUACCAGUACCAGGUGUGGUAUGUGGUUACAUCAUCUUAUUUUGAGUACCUGAUGUUUGUGCUUAUUCUUCUAAACACUAUCUGCUUAGGCAUGCAGCACUGUGGCCAGUCAGAAGAAAUUAAUUACAUUUCAGACAUGCUGAAUGUGGUCUUCACUGGCCUUUUUACUCUUGAGAUGGUACUGAAGCUAAUGGCCUUCAAAGCCAAGGGAUACUUUGGAGACCCCUGGAAUGUAUUUGACUUUCUGAUUGUCAUUGGUAGCAUCAUCGAUGUCAUCCUCAGUGAGAUUGAUACUGCGCUUGCUUCCAGUGGGGGACUUUACUGUCUGAGCGGUGGCUGUGCUGAAUCUGAGGACAACUCUCGCAUCUCUAUUACUUUCUUCCGACUCUUCAGAGUGAUGCGGUUGGUCAAACUGCUUAGUCGUGGGGAGGGAGUGCGAACAUUGCUCUGGACAUUCAUCAAGUCUUUUCAGGCUCUUCCUUAUGUUGCUCUACUGAUUGUGAUGCUGUUCUUUAUCUAUGCAGUCAUUGGAAUGCAGGUGUUUGGCAAAAUUGCUUUGGUGGAUGGAUCGCAAAUCAACCGCAACAAUAACUUCCAAACCUUUCCUCAGGCCGUGCUUUUACUAUUCAGAUGUGCGACAGGUGAAGCCUGGCAGGAGAUCAUGUUGGACUGCAUGUAUGGGAAACUUUGUGACCCCAACUCAGACUUCCUGCCUGGAGAGGAAUAUACAUGUGGCUCCAGCUUUGCUGUCUUCUACUUUAUCAGCUUCUAUAUGCUUUGUGCCUUUCUCAUUAUAAAUCUAUUUGUAGCUGUUAUCAUGGACAACUUUGACUACUUGACUCGAGACUGGUCUAUCCUUGGGCCUCAUCACUUGGAUGAGUUUAAGAGGAUCUGGGCUGAGUAUGACCCUGAGGCCAAGGGCCGCAUUAAACAUCUGGAUGUGGUGACAUUACUGCGUAGAAUUCAGCCCCCACUUGGCUUUGGAAAGUUCUGUCCUCAUCGAGUUGCUUGUAAGCGUCUUGUCUCCAUGAACAUGCCUUUGAACAGCGAUGGCACUGUUACUUUUAAUGCUACUCUGUUUGCUUUGGUAAGGACUGCCCUAAAAAUUAAAACUGAAGGUAAUUUUGAACAGUCCAAUGAAGAACUGAGAGCCAUCAUCAAGAAAAUUUGGAAGCGAACUAGCAUGAAGCUGCUGGACCAGGUCAUUCCCCCAAUUGGAGAUGAUGAAGUGACAGUAGGCAAGUUCUAUGCCACUUUCCUCAUCCAGGAUCACUUCCGCAAGUUUAUGAAACGCCAGGAGGAGUAUUAUGGCUAUCGGCCAACAAAGAAGAGUGCAGUUGAGAUACAGGCUGGGCUGCGCACUAUUGAGGAAGAAACUGGGCCAGAACUGCAACGGGCCAUCUCAGGUGAUCUUACAGCAGAGGAGGAGUUGGAAAGAGCAAUGGAAGAAGCUGGAAUGGAUGAGGGCAUCUACCGGAGGUCAGGCGGUUUGUUUGGCAACCAUAUUGAUCAUUUCCCAAUGGAAAGAAGCAGUCCUAUGCCAUCUCAUGUCACCAGUCAACGUCCACUGCAGUUUGCAGAGACCAGAAAUGAAGAUAUCGAGUCCCCUCCAGAUUCUGCUUUUCUUCACAAUGAGAUUGAGUUUUUCCCUCUUCAGGAUAAUGUCAAAAAUACCAACAACAAUGCAGUAGACAGGUUUGACUAUCAGAGUGAGACUGCUAGAGAGCAAUCCGUAGCUACUAUUGAUGAGCUCAUCAAUUGUAGACCUCCUCAAAUGAAGAAAAGCAAUAAGCCUGUUAGAAGCCUCUCUUUUCAUUUAAACUACCUGAAGCACUGCCUAAAUCAGCAGAGAGAGGAUGAUAACCUGUUUUCUGAAAUUUCAGUCCAGAACCUACAUCGCCAGGAUGACAGAAGUUCAGUGAGGUGCAGCAGCACUUCUCUCCCAACUGACUGGCUGUAUCAAGGUUCCCAGUUCACAAUGAGAGGCACCCCAGUGCUGGCUACUGACCAGCUCAUUCAAGAGGUGCUGAUUGAUGGUGGACUAGCAUCUUUAGCAAACGAUGCAAAGUUUAUAGCUGUCACAAAGCAGGAAAUGGCAGAUGCAAUUCAAAUCAACUUGUCAGAAAUGGAGGGUGCUGCAAUGGUUCUCCUGAAUGGGCGAAGAGGUCAUGUGGUCCAUCCUAACUCCGAUGAAUCAAUGAACACUCAGUUGUAACCCUGAAUGGAAAGCUGCUAUUGCCUUGAUGACACACAAUGUCUGCCUGGAUGGUGGUACCUCAGGCUAACUGUGUACUUGGACGUACCAGGUUGUACUGACAUGACUUCACGCUCUAAAGGGAGUAGCCUGCUACUGAACAGAGCGCUCCCAGUGUGGUGGAUUGACAGCUGUCCAUGAGCAGGGUAUCAUCAGUGUGGAACACCAAAGCUCAUACACUAGUUUCACAAUUCAAUAAAAAGUAGAGCGUUAACAAAAAAUACAAAAGUUUUUGGACAUUUUUUAGGUUGAAAACAAAAGUAUUUAUGUAUAUUUUCAGAUCAUUACUUUUGCAGAUUAGAGGGUUUAAACCAAGAAAGCAAAAAAUACAAAAUUUAUAAAUAAUAAAUUUCACUUUGGUUCUUAAACUGUGAGACUUUACUGUCAUAUGAGUAAUCUGCUCAAUGUUGGGCCGCUUGGUUCAUUGUGGUAACUGAGGCCUGUUUUUAUAUGUUCUGAAAGAUACAUUCAUUUCACUUUUAAAGACUUUACAAAAAGAAGAGAUUACUCACACUACUUAAAACAGGUUUCUUAUGUAAACCUAUUGCAACAACAUGAUUUUUUAUUUAUUUUUAUUUCUUCUAAUGGACAGUGGGGAUGUUAAUACAACUGGAUCACUCAGUUAUACAUUGAAUGGAUGUUCUGGAGCCCUCUUGCUUACAGUACUACAGGUGCAAGGAGAAGCACAAGGCACACGUCAGCCAGAGCUUAAGAGAGAAUGGUAUUAGUCUUAUUCAAAAGUCACAUGUUUUUUAAAGGCAUGCUUCAUUGUCACAGUAAAGACUACUGUUGGUGAUGAUCCUCACUAUAUGCCUAUAAAUUAUUUGAAAUUUUUUGACUAUCUGUAACAGUCCAGUAAUUAAAAGCUAUUGAAUGACCUAUUGCUACAUCAUUUUGUUUGGCCAGCAGGAUCAGAAUGCAUCCAUUGAAAUCAGUCUAGCUACUUUAAAUGGAAUUUUGGAGUAAUAUCAAAAUUUCCAAAAGUUCUGCCUAUAACAGGGUCAGAUAAUGCAAAGUACUAUUUUGAAAGCACAGUGGCUAUCUCAGUGUGAUCUUUCUUUUCUGAGCUAGACCUUAAAAGGUAGGAUAAAAAUUCCACACAUGAUGUCAGACAGUGUUUUUACAUUUAGUAGGAAGACAUCAGAAGAGAUUUUAUGUGGUUAACGUGGCUUCAGGCAGUGAGGGAAUAAGGUGCACUGCCUCAGACUGGUUGAGAAAGACAAACAACUGAUUUCUUUACUAUAUAUAAAUAUAUAUACAGUAUAUUAAAAUAAAAUAUUGUUAUUUCAGGGCUUUCACAUGCCAUUUCUGUGUUGUUAUAUACAUUGAGGACAUGACAGUGUUUGAUACUAUAGCUGAUGAUUUGGCUUGGAUUGCAGAGACAUUUAUUUGAAGUAAAUGCAUAUGCUCACUGCUUCUAGAUGCUCAUUGAAAUAAUCCUGGAGGCUUUUUUUAACCUUCUGACUAUAAUAUUUUGAAACAUACAUGAUGAGUGCUAAUAAAUUUUAAUUUACAUGUUUACUAUUUUUAACACUUAAGUGCUUGGUCUGCAACAUUUCUUUUUGGCCCUACUACAGUUACAUGGCUGAUGUGCUAUCCAACUAUACACUCACUUUUUUUAGAACAGGGCAACGGGGAAGCAGAGUCUAUCCAUACAGCAUCAACCCCAAACCUGAAAUGGACACCAGUCCAUCACACUCUCCUACACAAACUAAUGAUGGGCUAAUUUAACUUGUAGUCCUUUGAUAUGAAACAGGAGACACAGGGGAAAUGUACAAUUCCAGCCAGAAAGUGACUGGGCAGGGAAUUGAAACGACUUCACUGGGGAUAGAAGGAAACAACAGUAAAUAAUCAAAGCUGCUGCACCUUUAAUUCAGCAAUAACUGUGGUGACAAUAAUCUCAAAACUCAUUUGAACAUUGCAUGUAAUAAAGAUCUGCACCAUUUCUUUGAAGUUUUCUAAUCCUUCUAUGAUAAUAGCAAACAACACAUUGACCAAGGGCCCCCGAAAGCAGAAAUUGAAUGGCUUUUUAAAAUUAAUCUGCUUGUCAAUGCUGAUGAAGACUAUUCUAUCAAGUCCUUUUAAGCCACUGUUAUGGUGCUGAAGUAACACAUUUUUAAAUGACUUAUAAAAAAGAUUCUGAUUAAUAGGGGAGAUGUCAUGUGUCCAGAAAUAAAAUAUUUUGUGGAGACAAACAAUAAGGGUACAACUUGUGAAAUACUUUCACUUGAACUUGGUACUUAUUCAUAUUUUGAUUGGCUCACAAACCACCCCAAGGCUACUAUGCACACUUGUAGAUUGGAAUACUCCUGCAAAGUGCCUCAGAAUGAAAUAUUUGUUCGAAUAUAUUCAGUUUAACUGUGAAGUGCAUGGACUGAUUUUUUCCCUUUACUCAGAUGAAAACAUAAUUGAUCUGAGAGGAGUACAUUGUUUGCCUCUCCUCAUCGAACUCAUUCAUCUCCUUUGUCAUCUCACUCGCUGUUCACUCAUUAAUGCUUUUUUGCUCAGUUGCUGUCAGCUUGUGCUGCCUGUGUUUUGCUGUUUGAAUUGGUGCCUGCCAUCAACUUCACUUUGAUAGAGUGAACCUUUUUAGUAAUGCCAAUAAAAAGAAAGCUUAAAGGUAAAA